GCAAAAUGUUUAAACUAGUAGGUAAUGCAGUUGCGAAGAUUCAAACUCAUUGUCCUGAACUUAAAUAUGCCUCAAGAACCAUACCAAGCCACUCAUUUAGUGACGAAAGAGUUACCAACAAACAGAAGAAACUAAUGGAAAGAAGCUUACCCAAACAGAAGGCCAUACCAGGAGUUGAUAAAAUAUUGUUGGUAUCUUCUGGUAAAGGCGGAGUGGGCAAGUCAACUGUGGCUGUCAAUAUGGCACUAGGGAUAAAAGAAUUAACCAAGAAAUCGGUUGGUCUACUAGAUGCAGAUGUAUUCGGACCAUCUAUACCAAAGCUAAUGGGAUUACAUGGAAAACCAGAUAUUACUAAAGAAAACAUGAUGAUUCCACAUGAAAACUAUGGCAUAAAAUGCAUGUCCAUGGGUUUUCUCAUAAAAGAAGGUGCACCUGUUGUAUGGAGGGGACUAAUGGUCAUGCAAGCAGUUCAACAACUUCUAUGGAAGGUAGAUUGGGGUGAACUCGAUUUAUUAGUUGUAGAUUUGCCACCAGGAACAGGAGAUGUCCAACUUUCAAUUGUGCAGAAUGUGCCAGUAUCAGGUUCAGUAAUUGUAACAACACCUCAAGACAUUGCGUUGAUUGAUGUUAGAAGAGGGGUUGAAAUGUUUAAGAAAUUAAACGUGCCGGUGUUUGGAGUUGUUCAAAACAUGAGCCAUUUUUGCUGUCCCAAGUGUGGCCAUGAAACCUCUAUUUUUGGACAAGAUAGCAAGAUAAAAAAGUUUGCAACAGCCACAAUCACAGAAAUAUUGGGUAAGUUUCUAAAAAUGAUGUUUUAUUCUCGACUUACAAUAAUGUUUAUACAGGGAGAAUCCCCUUACACGAAAAUAUAUGCGAGUUAUCAGACAGCGGAAUACCAGUUGUGGUUACAACGGACAGUUCCAGCAAGCAACAGAGUUCUUCAUUUUUUGAAAUUUCACAAAAACUUGUUAAAAAACUCAAUUUUUCAUGACAAGGCAGUUCUGUAUAAAAGUUGAAUUGAACUAUUGUGACAUCACAUGAUUGACUGUUUGGUCACUAAAGAGAAGUUGGUUUAAAAUUAAAUGACAACAGAAGAAUCAGAACGCAUAUCUUGUACGAAUGUCUUCAAGUUUUUUCGACACCUAAAGAAAAAAUAACGUUUUUCAUCGUAAUAAAGCUGCUAUUAUUUACUCCAAA